AUGUCAGUAGCCUGUCUAGCUGAUGGAUGUUCCCUCCCCAGGGAGGUUAUAUGGAUUCCUGCAAGACGAGAUCUGGAUCCGAGGGACUACCACACGGACUCUCUGGCUCGGUUCGUCAAGCCAGGUGUGAUAGUUUUGAGCAAGGCCAAUGAGGUGAAACCAACAGAAUGGACGGCCUUUCACGAGAAAACCUUGGAAACUUUGAGCUUUGCGACCGAAUCAAAGGUUCGCCGGUUUGGGAUCAUCGAGAUAGAGGAAUCUGGCGAAGAAUUCUUUGAGCUACCUCCCACGGUUAUCGGUGGUUCGAAGGGUGUUGGUGACUAUCGUGUAGUGCGAAACUAUGUCAAUUUUCUCCUGGUCAACUACGGCGUCAUAAUGCCUCAGUUUGGUGACCCGGAUCGCGACUUUACGGCUAUCCAAUAA